GGGGAGGAACUCACAGCAAGCAAGGAUGGCAGCAAAGCAAAAAGGGAUCAAGCCUUAGACAGCUCCACACCAGGGCCAGGGAUUGUCCUGUCUGGAGGGGGGAAGCUGGAGGAGCUGACACGUGGGGCUGUAUGUCAUUUUCACCCCCCUCCCCAGCCUCCCUAUACCCCCAAAACCUCUCUACCAUUGCCUCUGUCUGACAGAUCUCCUGCAUCUAAACUGGGUUCCUCUGCAAAUGCAAGAAGCAGCAGCGCAGUCAAUCAGAAACCCUCCACCCAAGUGUGACGUUUUUGGAAGGAUCAGAGUUGAAUUGAAACCUGGCUACUUGCUGACCUGUUGCUGAACAGAAUGCAAAGCAGUUCCUAGAAAGUCUCUCACUAUCAUCUAUUCUAGAAAAUAGAUGUAAGACUGAAAGCCUAGCAGAGAAUCGUCAAGCGGCAGAUCUCACGCAAUGAACGACUCCUGUCUGUUACCUUCCUGGUGGGUGAACUAAACACAGGCCGCAUCCGCAAGCACUGCAAUGGAAGUGCCCUUCUUAGAACACCAGAUCAGAUGUAAUUUGUGGAUCCUGGUUGCCUUGACACCUUCAAAUCUAGUAACCUAAGUGACCUGGUUUACCAUCCUGGUGAUAUCUGAAGGUCGAAAUUCAUGAGUUCGCCUAGCCUCAGUGACCUGGGCAAGAGAGAGCAGGCAGCCUUGGAAGAGCGAGGGACGCAACAAAAGCGAGCUGGGUCCAACGCCACUUGGAACAGCAUCCAGAAUGGAGUCAUUUCUGUCUUCCAGAAGAAGGGACUGCAGGAUCAUGAACUCUACAAUCUGAAUGAAGGAGUCCGGCAGCUGUUGAAAACCGAACUUGGCUCUUUUUUCACAGAAUACCUUCAGAACCAGCUUCUUACUAAGGGGAUGGUGAUCCUGCGAGACAAGAUACGUUUUUAUGAAGGACAGAAACUACUUGAUUCCUUAGCAGAAACCUGGGAUUUCUUCUUUAGCGAUGUUUUGCCAAUGUUACAGGCCAUCUUCUACCCUGUCCAGGGGAAGGAGCCCACCAUCCGACAGCUGGCUUUGCUGCACUUCAGAAAUAUAAUAACCCUAAAUCUAAAACUAGAUGAUGCCUUAUCCCGCCCGCGAGCUCGAGUACCUCCCUCCAUCAUUCAGAUGCUGCUAAUACUUCAAGGUGUCCAUGAGUCUAAGGGUGUGACGGAGGAAUAUCUGAACCUGGAAUCGAUCAUUCAGAAGGUGGUCUCUCCAUACCUCGGUACAUAUGGGUUGUACUCUAGUGAUGCUACAUUCACACAUGCCUCCUGUAUCUUGGAGAAACGCAUGUUCAGACGUUGUCCCAAGUCUGGUGAGAUGGUCACCAAGAAUCCAGUGGUGAGAUCCAAGAGCUACAACAAUCCAUUACUGACCCCUGUAGCAGAGUAUGAAAUGGAAAACCUUGCAGCCAAUGGGACUGGAAUCAGAAGACACUCGGUAUCUGAGAUGACCUCACUUCUAGAGAUCCAGGGAUACUCCAAUCUAACCACCAUCCUGGAUUCCAGCUCCAAACUCUCAAUGUCCACCACUAAACCACAAGCUACGGGGGAGUUGGAGCACCCUACCAUGGGCAAUGGACAGUUUCCAUCAAUGCAUAACAACAAUGAACCUCAACAAGGACUUUUCCACACCUCAGGCUCCAGGGAGGAUAUGUCCAGAGACUCAACUUUGAUCCCUGCCCCAUCUUCCAGUCCAGAGACAAUUGUUGAUCAGAUCUUAGAAUCCAUAGACUCUGACUCUGAAGGAAUUUUCAUUGAUUUCGGAAGAGGUUGUGCCAAAUCUUCAGGAUAUACCAUGGAUGUUGGACGGCAAAGUCUUGUAUAAUAAUCUUCUAUUACAUUUUCGUUUUUAUUUUAUUUUUAAUUUGGGUUUAUUAUGGGUUCGAGAUUUCUAUCAACCUCAUGUCCAUUGAUUUCUGUAUUUUCUGGCUUCCAAUUAAAUGUAAAAUGAAGUUCUGGUUUAGUUUUGCUCCAUGAAUGUCCCUCAGGAUGUAAAAUUAAGAGUAGAUCUCCCUCUGGCAGACUAGGCAAGGAUACCUGUUACAUCUAUGACAAGACCGACAGUGGUCAGCUGGUCACCAGGCCAGCCCCUCUAAAAACUCAAUGCAGUGUAGUAACUGUAUAUACAUAGUUUAAUUGUAUAAAUCAGUUAUGGAGCCAUGUUUUUCUAUUCUUGUAGCUCUUCCUUAUUGUGUUCUGCAUAGUUUUUGAUUCACAGUGUCCAGUAGCCAUUUGACUCCAGUCUGGGUGACCACCAUUUGAAUACAUGUAGCAAUAUGUACUGAAAUGGUCAGUUAUCUACUAUAUAAUAGACUUCCUCUUUGUGCCGGUAACUGAAUCAGACGAUUGUACCUGACACCACACAGCUUCAGGAUACGUAACCAUUAUGAAAACAGGAAGCUACAAGACCAAGAAUAUUUUCAGUUCUAUACUUGAAAAAACUUUAGAGAAUGGAAAACUGGUUCAGAUGCCCAUAGCAACCAUUCAGAUCUCACCUUUUAUUUUUCAGAGCUCCUUUGGAAAAUGAAAGGUGGAAUCUAAUUGGUUGAUAUGGGCGACUUUUCAGCCAGUUUUCAUUUCCACCAGCUUUGAUAACUCUCCCCCGUAGCGUAGAGAAUGGACAUAGACAACAAGCGGUUGAAAUCUUUGAUGUCUUGGUCUUGAGAAUUUUAAUAAAACCUAAUUACAAAAGUAAUUUUUAACUAAAU